AUGGGAAACUACACCGAUCUCCCUCCGCACGAGAGACCAGGCUAUUCUCAACCCGCCUCUUUCGCCCACCCUGCGACUACGGCGGCCCCUUCUGCGGGAGUCGCAUAUGCUCAGCCAGGCAACGUCCAGUAUGCGCCGACCGCACACAACUUUGCUUACACCGCAGCGCCAGCUUCCCAUAACGCGCCCACAAGGACACCGACGACGGCAGCGACGGCGAACGGGGGCUUUCAGUAUGCAAACCCGACCCUCCAAUACACGGCGAAGCCAGUGGGCAGCAACAACCAGCCGCCAAUUGUCCGACACAACUCUCAGAGCAACGGCCAGCCCCCAGCUGUACGUCACAACUCACAGCCCAUGAGUCCCUCGUACCCUCCGACAGCACCACUGCAAUACACUGCCGCAUCGCAAGCUCCUCCACAGCAAUCCCAAUACGCGACCAUGUCACCUCCUCCUCCUCCACCACAGUCCCAAUAUACGGGCAUGUCACAGGCCCCUCCGCCGCAGUCUCAGUAUGCGACAAUGCCGCAGGCUCCUCAGCCGCCGCCAGCUGAUCAGUCCGGCUAUCCACCUCCGCCAAUGGGCCACCACUCGUCGCGCCCUGACCAUCAUCGAGCGGCGUCCUAUUCGGGCUCAAUGAGCGCACACGACGGUCGUAAUGUGGUCGAACUGCGUCCACAGGGUCACCUUGGUGCAGGCAAUAGACCUGAUGAGCUGCGUAUGGACAGGCUUUCAGUGAGCGGAAACCGCCCCGAUUUACAAACCAUCGUACCAGGAGGCAUGCCGGGAGGGUUUCCAACGGGACUACCACCGCCGAGUCCUCUGCUCGAAGCUUACCACGGAACCUACCAGUCGAUCAGUCCCAUGCCUCAGGCGAUGAUGCUAGAUGACGAUCUCGACCAUCUGCCUGCCCUCGAUACCCUCUCCCCUCGGGCUUCUGGUCAUUCUAUGCAUGGCCGUCAUCGUUCUCAUUCUAGUGCCUCGAGGCGAUCGCCAAGCCCAUCGAGGUCUUCCAAGCAUACCGAUAAGCUAGCAUUGGCGGCAUAUGGCCGCGGCGAGAGGCUCCCUGAGAGGCUUCCUGAGAGAAAGGAGCGGAGAGCAAGAGUAUACGACGCUACAGACGAUGCUCUAGCACUUGUUGACGCUUUGGCUGCGCGAACCCCUGAUGUGGAUACUAUAGUUGAUAUUCUCCCGGCUCUAUCACAUGACCAGAUGCUCGAGUUGAGAGCUGAGUAUAAGCGCCACUGCAAAGUACAAGGCAGGGGUAUCAACAUCGCCAAGCACAUUAAACUGAAAACGUCUGGCAAUUUCGGGAAGAUCGCCUACGUGACAGCCCUGGGAAAAUAUGAAGGUGAGGGCUACUGGGCGAACUAUUGGUAUCAGUCAAACUCGGCGCGUCGUGAGCUACUCAUCGAAUCGUUGAUGGGACGUCAAAACUAUGAGAUUCGCGAAAUCAAGGACGCAUUCAAAGACAAGCGUUACAGCGAUUCCCUCACUCGCUGCAUGGACAAGGAGCUCAAAGCCGACAAGUUCCGAAAAGCUGUGCUAAUGGCACUGGAAGGUGAGCGGCAAGAGGAAAGCGAUGUGUGGCCGCCCGAGUAUCGCAUGCGCGAUGUCGACAAUCUAUACAAAGCGAUCAGAGCUAGGGAAGGCGGAGAAAGUACCAUGCUCAGUAUUGUUAUCAUGCGAAGCGACGCGCAUUUGCGCGAGGUGCUGAGGACCUAUGAGAGAAAAUACCAAGGCAACUUUGCGAGAGAUGCUCUCAAGAAGAGCAACAAUCUGGUUGGCGAAGUCAUUGCACAUAUCCUCAAUGGCGUCAUCAAUCGCCCUGCAAGAGAUGCAAUGCUCCUACAUCACGCUCUCAUGGACCUCAUGGAACCUGCAAAUGAUUCCCGAUCCUCCAAAACAACUUCUAGCAAGCAUGAACGUCAACAAAGGGUCGAAUUACUCAUCUCUCGCCUUGUGAGAUUGCACUGGGAUCGUCAACAUCUUCUUAGAGUCAAGGCAGAAUACGAAGACAAGUAUGGUCGCGUAGUUGAGGAGGAUAUUGAAGAGGCUACAAGAGGGGACCUCAGAGCAUUCUCUAUUGCCCUCUGCCAAACCGCAAGAUGA